AUGUCCGUUGACAACCCCACCAUCGACGACGUCGUCACCUACUCUAGCGGUCCCCACGACGCUCCACCCGACCUCCGCAUCCUCCACUACAACGAUGUCUACCACGUCGAGCCCUCUAGCGCCGAGCCUGUCGGAGGAUACGCCCGCUUCAAGACCCUCUGCAACCACUAUCGCAGCGACCCCAGCUUCGCCGGCCAGUCAGAGCUGCUGACCUUCUUCUCCGGCGAUGCCUUCAACCCCAGCCUGGAGAGCAGCGUCACCAAAGGCAGCCAUAUGGUCCCAGUGCUCAAUGGCAUAGGCACCGACUGUGCGUGCGUUGGCAACCACGACCUCGACUUUGGCGUGCGCCAGUACCGCCAUCUCACUGGCCAGUGCAAUUUCCCAUGGCUCCUGGCAAAUGUGCUCGACCCGGCUCUCGGCGAGAACGAAUCGCUGGGAAACGCCCCGAAGACGACCAUGAUGACCUCUUCUAACGGCAUCAAGAUUGGCAUAAUUGGCUUGGCCGAGCGUGAGUGGCUGGACACCAUCAACUCGCUGCCCCCAGACAUCAUAUACAAGUCGGCCUCGGAGACGGCCAAGGAGCUGGUGCCAAGCUUGCGCGAGCAGGGUGCUGAGAUUGUCAUUGUCAUUUCCCACCAACGCGAGCCGAAUGACAACAAACUUGCCGAGAAGCUUCCGGAGGGAUUGGUUGAUAUCGUGCUGGGUGGCCAUGACCACUAUUAUAACCACAGCCUGAUCAACGGCUGCCACGUCCUCCGCUCCGGUAGUGAUUUCAAGCAGUUAAGCUACAUUGAAGCUUGGAGGAAGCAAGAUGGAAGCAACAAGUGGGACUUCAAUAUCAUUCGUCGUGAUGUCGUCUCCCAGAUCCCCCAGGACCCUGAAUCCGUAAAGCUCAUUCAAAGCCUCACUGCCAAGCUCAAGGCGAAGCUUGACAAGCCUAUCGGCUACACUGUUUCCCCAUUGGAUGCGCGCUUCACCACCGUCCGCACCAAAGAGUCGAAUAUGGGGAACUUUGUCUGCGAUCUUAUGCGUUUCACCUACAAUGGAGAUUGCGCCUUGAUGGCGUCCGGUACCAUCAGGGGAGACCAGAUCUAUCCCCCGGGCCUACUCAGAGUAAAGGACAUCAUGAACUGUUUCCCAUUCGAGGAUCCUAUUGUUGUGAUCAAGGUCACUGGCAAGGCGGUCGUCGAAGCUCUCGAGAAUGCCGUGUCCAAGUACCCUGCGCUCGAGGGCCGUUUUCCGCAGGUAUCGAAUAUUGAGUUCGAAUUCGACCCUCAACAGCCCGAAGGUUCCCGCGUUAACUGGACCAAGAUCGGAGGCGAUCCGGUCGACUUGGAGAAGGAGUACGUCAUGGUGACCCGUGGAUACAUGGCCCGUGGCCGCGACGGUUACGACUCUCUGCUGAUCGAGGACGAGGGUGGGUCAGCGAAGGAGAUAGUUUCGGAGGAGAACGGCAUUCUCAUCUCGAUGAUGUUGCGCCAGUACUUCAUGUCUUUGAAAGUCCUUGGCAAGUGGAAGCAGUGGGGUCCCAGCAUGGGAAGGCACUGGGAAAGGGUGCAGAACAACCUGCAGAAUGUCCAACCGCAUGUCGAGCCAAAGGGAAAGGUUGCCAGCGCACUGGAGGUCGUUCAGAACAACCGGAGUGGCAGACUCACGCCGCAUGGGCACCGUCCAGAAGGUGCGGAGACGCCACUUAACGAGUCUGAUACAGACUCGGAGGAUGAAGCGGAGCCCAAGCGUGCUAAUGCCGCGGUGGAGGAGCUGGAGAGGAAGAGUGUGAUCAUGAGAAAGGUCAUGCGUAAAUGGUGGCGCUUGGCUGGACUGGAAGGUCAGCCACGCUGUGGCGAUCCUCUCGGGGAGGGAGAGUUCACCAUCAAUUGGACCAAGGCCAUCGCACCUAGACUAGAGGGUAGAAUCAGGAUGGUCUCGACAUCCGUGUAG